CUGCGCUGUUAGACGGAAAUAAUAUCUGCUGAAAAAAUGAAUUUCUUUUAGUAACAAAUAUGAUCAGCAGUUCUUGUGUCACGUUGGAGGAAAGUAUAGAAACGAAAGGAAGCGAAAACGAGACGAAACGAGAACAGAAACAUGACAAAGCCACUCGAUGAGGCAGGCAAGAGAGAGAGAGGAGAGAAGGGUGAGAGUCAACAGACGAAGCGAGUCGAGGUAAAACGAGUCGACUCGAGUCGAAGUGGACUCUAACGAGCAUGGUAAAGAACGUCAGGCUAGAGAGAAAGUGAGCGAGCGUGCGUGCAUGCGAGCAAGCGAGCGAGCGUGUGCAAUGAAACGAUACAGUUCGAAAAUAGUUGUGUACCAAGUUGUGUAAACGGUAUUGGCACGCAUAGCUGAUCAAACUGUUCGAGAGUCGCGUGUUGCUCAGUUGCUCACCGUGCUGUAACGUUGCCUUGUGAUCGAACACCUCGAUUUUCGACGCAUUCGACGGCAGUAAGCAUGAUCCUUCGAAUCUUCUCCACUUCGUUCCUCGUGCCUACAUCAUCGUACAGUCGUUCGACGAACAACACGCAGUGUAAGAACAAGAGCAAGUAGUUUACGCUAGUGAAUGGAACCUAAGGAGAGGACAUUUUCGAUUUAUCUGAUAUUUCCCCAUCAAAUGUGUUUCGUGCCUUUGAAACGCUAGGCCACCGCUGCCAUCGUCGUUAUGCCAUUUGUAUUUUCCUUAACAACGAUACUUAAUGUAAAAUCCAAGCAUCGCGCUUUCUCGUAACGGAGAUGAAAUUACGUUAGGAGAGUGAAAUAUCUACAUUUCGAAGAAAGGAGAACUCUGCUGUCGACUCGACCACCUGUAUACGCAUUUGUGUUUAAUCUUUUUCCCUAGCAGAACACUAGAUCUUUCAUCUAGCGUAUUUAACGUACAUAUGUGCGAGGAAAACGUACGCAUUUUAUACAUGCAUUUUCUCUCAGUGAAGUUGUAAAAAAAAAAAAAAAAAAAAAAGAAAAAGAAUAAACGGAGCCAACGAUGUUGAGACCAUACACUACCACGAAUUAAAUCAAGCCUGGAAUCUUAACAAGUGUCGAACUGGAAGAUCUUGCCUUUGCAGAGAUGCAAAUUCGACAAAUUUAGUCGAGACGAAGUUAAGAAACCGGAAAAAUGAGAACGCUCACGUUCAUAGGUUGUUUGAUGCUUUUGCUAUUUUUACUGAUGUUCAUUAGCAUCGUGUCAUCGGCCCCUUCCUAUGAGCAUGUUGCCCUUCAAGCUGCUGACCAAUGCGAUUGGAUUGGAAGCGGAGGUGGAGGCCGUGGUGUUCGGCCAGUGUAUCUGCGAUGCUCCAGAGGAACAAUACUUUGGCGGUAUCCGCGCGGAGCUUUGCGCAUUGUUCUCUCACCCCCCGUUUUGGCUGGACUCGUAUCAAAAGUUAAUUACGAGCUGAACCAAAGGAAAGACAACGUCUAUACAAGAAACGACACACAUUCGAGUGGUAACGAUGGCCCUUUUCGAUUAUCUGGUUUUCGUACGUGUACCAAGAUUUCAGGACCGAUAAGGGUAUAUCUGGAAACUCGUGGCAAACUUCGGUCGAUAUAUUCACCGAGAGACGGCAAGGAUGUAGCUUCGCAUAGAUGUUUUCACGCGAAGAAACAGCCAGCAGCGCUUUACAUAGAAGCGGAGGAGUUUGUGUCCGGUGAACAUGAUGCAAGAUUGCAGUAUGAUUUAGAAUUACGAUACAUUGACAGUCGGCAGGGAUUGUCGCGACGAUUUAACGAUGAGGAAGAAGACUGUAGACCGUGUUCUAUGGAUGAACUGGCCAAGGCUUAUUGUCAAAGCGACUUCAUAGCCAGAGGUACAGUGAGCGCCGUCCAGAGACAACCGAAUUUGGAUGCUGCCGAACUCGUUCUUAGAGUAACAAAAAUUUUACGUCGAAUCGAAGAGAAUGAGGUAACAGAGAGUAACAACGAUGCAGAUACUACUGAUUCCCAUGAUCGCAGAAAUGUUCGUGUAAGAGUGCCAACUGCCUGCGAUGCACGUCAUGGACAAGGCGAGUUUGUGAUAAUGGCUAAACGAAGACUUGGUGAUCUUAUUCUUGUUUGCGCACCGAGGAUAGAAACUUGGGCGAAGGCAGUCCGCGAAUUGGAAACUGCACCAUGUGUUCUCCAGAGUUAGCGUUUCCAAGUUCUAACGAAAUGCCUGUAAAUAAUUUAUUUUCUUAUUCUGUGCUGUAAGAAUAUCGAUCUCCAAACUGUGAUAUUGUUCUGUGGAAAUUUUAUCGUGAAGAAAUACACAAUUUUUUAGCAAUACAAGUAA